AUGAGAAGAUCUCAGGAGAUGUCGACAUUACGGCGGACAUGGCCUGCAAGAAGGAGUGGGGCUUUGCAGCUGACGCUGUUGGUACUUGGAUUGGGUGCGAGCUUUGCCAUCCCUGUUCCCUCAAGGCAGCCUCGGCACCCUGGUCUUGCUGGUCACGCAAGUGGCUUCGCGGGAUGUCCCUCAAAUCCUCCCGCACAGAUCCUCGCGCGAUCCAGCGUGCCAGGGGUCUACCCUUUCUGGGUCCUCGACUGGUCCUUCCUGGGUCCGCAAGCGCUGCUCUGUGCAGCGGUCCUUUUCUUCUCCGGCGUCCUCUGCUCGGCGGCGGGCAUCGGAGGAGGUGGCAUUUAUGUAUCUUUGCUGAUGGUCCUCGGUGGUCUGAGCACUCGCGAUGCAGUGCCGCUCUCUAAAGGAAUUGUGUUUUUUGGAUCAAUGGCCUCCUUGGUGCUCAACAUGCGUAGAGCUAACAAGAAGAACAAGGUCAUCCACUAUGGAAUAUGCCGUGUGGUGGUACCUUCUGCCUUGGUCGGCACACUCUUCGGAGUGCUGAUAAACCACACGGCUGGGGACCGCCCCAUUCUGCUGUUCUUGAUGAGCAUCCUCACCUUCAUGGCAUACACGUCAGUCCGGACGACGUGGCGUCAGGCCGUUGCCGAGUGGGGGAGCUCGACUGCAGCUGCUGCCAAGGAGGCGAAAGCUGACAGGGCGGCUUCAGCCGGCAGCCCUUGGCAGAAGAGCGACGUGUUGGGAGGACUUGGCAUGCUCUUGCUGGUGGUUGUGUGUGGUGCUGCGAGGUUCCAUCUGCACAGCUGGCAAAGCUUGUGCAACCACACGGCUUUGAUCCAGAACCUACUGCUGCUGCUUCCAAUCUCCGUGUGCACUUCCGCGACACUCUACAACAGCUACAUGUGCAUUGGCGAGGAAUGUCUGCUUCGUGAGGACGUCGUAAAAUAUGCACUCAUGGCAGCAUUCACUGGUUGCUUUGCUGGGCUGGUGGGCAUUGGAGGUGGGCUCAUUUUCAGUCCCUUCUUCCUCCUGAUGGGCGUAGAUCCGUCUGUGGCUGUUGCUACUUCUUCGACCUGUGUUAUCUUCACGUCGGCCUCCACCACUUUUCAGUAUCUGCUGACCGGGAGAAUCAUUAUGUCGCUGGCUCUUUUCUACGGGGUUUGCAAUCUUGCUGCCUCUUACUGCGGUACCUCGCUGGUCCUCUUUUUGCAGGAGAAGUUCCCAGGUCGGAGGUCCAUCGUGUCGGGUAUUGUGACAUUUGCGGUUCUGCUUAGCGCAGGGCUGGUGGCGGCGAAGAUUGUGACGAUGUAG